AAAAGAUUUUAUCUAGACACCCAGAGGACGGGGCAUGUUGUCCAAGCACCACCACCAAACGCUGUGUCUAUUUCCUAUUGGAGAACGCACGCACAGCGUAACCUAAUUCACAGCACUGAACGAAACACGAAACCCGCGCCGCACAGGGGCACCACCGGCAUAAGGCGAAAGAAGCAAGGGCAGUUCCGUAAUCUCACCCUAUUUUCCCAUUAUCCCCAGUUCUCAUUUCCCAACCCAAGUAAGACCCUCUCCUCCAACUCUCAUUAGCGCUGAUAAAGCAAAAAUCAAAAAUACACACCCCGAGAGAGAGAGAGAGAGAAAAAGAGAGAGAGAGAGAGAGAGUCAUUCGAUGUCGUUGCGCUUUUCUUCUACUGUUCAACUCAGAUUUUACAUGCUCUUCCACAUUUAACCCUAACGCACCAGAGUAUACCUAUUGGACCUUCAGGUAAUUUUGCUCGCAUUCGAUCUCAGCGAUCCGGUGGAGGCUCUCUGCUAGGGUUCCGUUCCCUCACUCGAUUGUUUCCGAAUUAGGGUUUCACUCCCGAUUCGGCGCGCCUCGCUCGAUUCGAAUUCUCCGGAUAGGGUUUCGCGAUGCCGCGCAGUUCCAAGCACAAAUCCAGCAAGCACAGUUCCCGCGACGCGAGGGACCACUCCGACUCGGAGCGAGACUCCGGCGUCAAGGAUCGGAGGACCAAGGAGGAGAGCGGCGGCGGCGCCAAGGCGUCCAGGGAUUCGAGUUCCGCCGAGAAGCGGAGGCUGGAAUCGAAGGACGCGCACGGGAACGGGGAGUAUUCCGACGAGUACGCGUCGUCGUCGAAGCGGCGCAAGGACGGCGGCGGCGGAGGAGAUAGGUGGAAUGGCGGCGAGGAGGGGUCGAAGAAGUCCAAGGCGGCGGGGGAUUCGAAGAGCAGCAGGAGGAGGGAUGGGAGCGUGGGAGUGUACGGCGAGGGCGAGGAGGUGAAGAGGAGUAGCGGGAAAGGGGAUGGGAAGCAUAGGGAUUCGGCUUCCGGGCGAAGCAGAGAGGGUGGGGCGGAGAAGGAGAGGAAAUUCAAGGAAGGUGGUAGGAGUGAGGAAUCGGUGGAUGAGCAAGAACAGCGUGUGUCUAAGCAGGUGUUUGAAACUAAUGACACAAAGAAAGUUGAUGAGUUGCGAAGUCCUGAACCUGACAACCAGCUUGAGAGGCGAAUGAGGAAGAAGAGGGAUGACUAUAGUGAUGGUGAUAAGCAUCAAGAUAAUGUUGGUGAUGGUUAUGAUAGACAUUUGUCUUCUAGGGAUGACAUUGCCAAGGAUGGAAAAAGGAAGGAUGAUAGGCGAAAAGAGGAGAAAUAUAGAGACAAAUAUAGGGAAGAAUUAGACAGGGAGAACAAACAUCGACAUGAAAAGCAACGUGAUGAGCGCCCUGCCAAAGAUCAUGCUACCAUUAGGUCUGAUGAUAAACAUGCUAGGGAAGAAAAGAAUAGCCUAGAAUCACGGCAAAAGAGAACCAAGCUUCCAGAGAGUGACAGGGACCAUAAUCGCGAUCGCGAUGGGGAUCGUGAUUUGGAAUCUGUUCGUGAUCGUGAGCGCCAUAGUGAACGUGAUCGUGAUUAUGAUCUUGACAGGGAUCAUGAUUAUGACAGAGAUAGAGACUGGGACUGGGAUCGUGAUCAUGAUCGCGACCGUGACCGAGAGAGAGAUCGUGACCGUCGCCGUGAUCGUGAUGGGUCACAUGUGGAUGAUAGAAGUGCUAGAGGCAAAGAGAGUGGAACAAAGAAAAGAACUUUGGAUGAUCGUGAUGAUUAUAAUGAUUCUAAAUCUAGAGCUGUUAAGAGCUACUAUCCUGAUGCAGAGAAGAGGAGUUUGAGUACCAGCAAAGCUGAUUCCGAUGUUGACAGAGGAAGAUCUCAACCCCGACAAGCUCAUGCAGAUUCAACUGGGACUAGCAAUAAACACAGAUCUUCUCCUGCCUCAAGUACACACAUCAGCAAAGAUGACUAUAGAAAUGCCAAAGCUGAAGAAUCGAAGUACAGAGACCCAGCAGUAGAACAGAGAACGAAAGGCCCUAGAGAGGGUUACUCUGGAACAUCAGAUAGGAGUUCUAAAUACAAAUUAAUGGAAAAACCCAUUAAAGUAGAUGAAUGUCCUGCAGGAGACUUGUCAACAGAAAGGUCUAAUAGUGCCAAGGCUUCACCUGUGGGCCUGAUGGAAAGAUCUCCUUCUUCAACAAACAUUGAGCGCAGGUAUGUGAAUAGAGGUGGUGUUAAGCGGAAUCUUGAAAUUGACGAAAGUGGAAGGAGGAACAGUACUGAUGUAAGAGAUUUCUCCACUUCUGAAGAUAGACUUGGCCGGGAGUCAGAGAAAUCGCAAUUGGAUGAGCCCUCUCAAGCAGAUUCAUCUUUAUAUGGUAGGAAUAAUCAGAGCAAUUCAUCAUUGAUUCCUCCCCCACCUGGUUUCAGGGCUACCUUAGAUAGACCUUAUAUGGGUUCUUUAGAGGACGAUGUUAGAGAUAACUCUAAUUCACGAUACAGAAGAAGUAGUGAACCUGGCUUUGGAAGGGGGCAUGGUGGCAAUUCCUGGAGGGCAGUUCCAAACUGGAAUUCACCGGUACCAAAUGGAUUUGUUCCCUUCCCACCUGGGCCAGCUCAUGGAGGUUUUCAAACAAUGGUACCACAGUUUACAUCUCAACCUCUCUUUGGUGUCAGGCCUCCUAUGGAAGUUAAUCAUGCUGGCAUUCCAUACCAUAUCGGUGAUGCUGAUAGAUUUCCAGGUCACUUGCGGCCACUUGGGUGGCCAAAUUUGAUGGAUGGUACAGGAACUGCUCAUUUGCAUGGAUGGGAUAACAAUAAUAAUGUCUACAGAGAUGAUCCUCACAUGUAUGGUGGUUCUGAUUGGGACAGGAACAGGCAUUCAACAAAUAGUCAUGGAUGGGAGUCUGGUUCAGAAACUUGGAAAGAGCAGAGUAGUGAUUCAAAGAAAGAAUUGCCUUCCCCAGUCUGCAAAGAGGAAUCAGUUCCCACCCUCAUUGAUAAUGGUUUGACUGAUCAGACAACUCAGAUGUCUCAGGAUGAACAUAACCGGGAUGAUCUUAUUGAGAAAUCUCCUGAAAGGAAGUCGUUUAGUCUCAGUUCUCCAGCAGAUGCAUCUUUGAACUCUUCAUCCCCAACUGUUCUUGAAAAGGUGCCUGAUACUUCGACGCCAAGUGACAAUACUUCCCUUUUCAGCCGCUUCUACCUUUCCAAACUUGACAUUUCAGUAGACUUAGUACUGCCAGAGUUGUAUGACCAGUGUAUGAGUACUCUGAAUGUUGACAAGAAUGCUCCAGUUGAUGCAGUUGCUACAACAGAACUACUUUUGAAGAAUGGCUCAAGAACACGACAGAAAUAUGCUGCCACCUUAUCAAGGCGUUCACCAUUUCCAGAAAUUGAUAAUUCUAUCUUCCAGAGAGCCAUAGACCUUUACAAGAAGCAUAGGGUGAACCUGCCUAAUAAGGCGGAGGUAGAUAAGAUUGCAGUGUCCAACCAGAAGCAAGUGGAUGAGUCGGUUCCUAUUCCUAGUUUGGAGAAUGGUCACGUUUCUGUCACAGCUUCUGAUGGGACAAAAGACGUGCCAAUGCCUACAUUAGAAUCGGACAAAGUAGAAACUACAUCCCCUGCAAAGGAGCAAUUGGAAGAGAUCGAUCAAACCUACAGCCAAAUGGAGCAAGAUUAUGAUAAAACAGGCAUGUCUAGUCCAUCUUCUGGUCGUGUGAACCAAGCAGCAGCUGUAGCAGAUUUGCAAGAGAAAGAGCCCAAAAUCACUUCUGAUAAGGUGAAUUCAGGCGAUGCAGAGGAGGAUUACUCCUUAGCAGCUAAAAAUGAAGCUCAGUUGGCCCCCACUUUGCACGGAGAGGGUGAUAACAUAGAUAGCAAAGCCAAAACUACUGGUUUUGCCCAUUGUGCAGAUGAAAAACUGGGUUUGGGUGACACAAAGAUUAAUCCCUUAAUUGUUGAGGAUGGGUCUCCCAAAGCUUGUGAUGCUUUGAUGCCUGGUUCAAAUGAGUCUGAGUCACUAAUUUUAAGCCGGAUACAUCAUUCUCCUGAAAGUACACAUUGAGACAAUUUCUAUAUCUUUCAUUGCUUUUUACAUCAGGUUUUAAUUUCCUCCCUCUUUUUUGUUGCUUUCAUUUUGAGCGAGAAUAAAAGGAAAUGGCAUUCAUAUUCCCUAGAAUAGCGCUUUUCUCA